AUGGGCUUCUUCACCCGCCGCGAAAAGGUGAAGGAGUCGCCACCAUCCUCAAAGCCGCGAACAAGAACCAGGUCGAAACAUCAUAGCUCCUCUCCCUCUUCCAAGCCCCGCGAUACCCAUGAAAGCAUACGCAACGAUGCGCUGCCCAUACGCCCGCCACCUCGGCCUGCGACGGCUCACCAAGACUCGCGACAGUUAGCGUUGCCAGCAUCCGAUGAGCAUCGCCAUGAACAUGCCUGCGGCCAGGUUGUCGUCAACCACAACUACUACUUUUCUGGACAGCCCAUACCCCUUGAACCCAGCUAUCGUUCCUUCUCCCUGCCGUAUGGCAACAGCGGCAAGCUCAAUCAAUCGCCCGCCAACAAGUCGAUGGUGAACCUUGCCACCCACAACAACAGCCUCUCGAAAUGGUACGAUCAGACCACGAACCUCGUGACUUCGAGCAUCAAUGCCUGUGACGAGGUCGCUGCUCGUCUAAACAAUGUUCUCACACUCAUUGACGGCGAACACAUGAAUGGCACAGAGACGGACCUGUUCAAGUGUCACCAGUCGUCGGCACCGUCCCGCGAGGAUCUGCGACGUCAUCAUGAACAUAAGGGACGGAGAAGAAGGACAUCAAAUGAGCGACAACACGACCGAAACAGGUACAAGGCUGUCGACGAGGAAACACAAACUAAGGAGAAAUGCGCCGCAACAGACACGGCCGCCCAAGUCGUGCGCGGCAACUACUUCUCCAAGGUUGAGAUGUACGCCAACUCCAAGUCCCCGACCAAGACCCAGCCAUUCGCUGUCUAUGUGCCUACUUGGCCCCUCCUGUGCCUCGCCGCGCAGUACUCUCUUGCCGUGUACGAACGUCCGGCGGGCCGCGAGGCCGAGGCGCAUGUCUCGAGCGAUUGGCGUACCGGGACAAAGGCCAUGUGCAUCAAAAGUGUGCCCAUGGACCACAUGCAUACCAUUGUCUUUGCAAUCCGCGGGACCGCGAGUUUCAUGGACUGGGCCGUGAAUCUCAACACGGCGCCCGCCUCGCCAAGAGAAUUCCUGGACGAUGAAGGGAAUCUAUGCCAUGCCGGCUUCCUCAGCGUCGCAAGGAAAAUGGUCAAGCCAGUCGCGGCACGCUUAAGAGAACUCUUAAAGGAGGACCCGUCGAGAUCAAGAUACAGCCUGCUCAUCACGGGCCAUUCGGCUGGAGGAGCCGUCGCUUCCCUUUUGUACGCACACAUGCUAGCCGCGACAAAGAAGGCAGAGAGCGAGCUGAACAUUCUCACCGGAAGCUUUAAGCGCGUCCAUUGCGUCACGUUUGGCACGCCCCCCAUCAGUCUCCUGCCCAUCAUGAAGCCCGAGCGAAAGGCCCUCAAGAACAGCGUUUUCCUGAGCUUUGUGAAUGAGGGCGACCCGGUCACGAGGGCUGACAAGGCCUACGUCAAAAGCCUUUUGGAACUUCUAGGCCAGCCUGCGCCCGAUACAAAGCAUAGACUCAAGGAGAUGAAGAGCCUGAGCCAUCUCAAGUCGAAAGCCUCGCACGCGCGCCUGGAGGGGAGGCCCGUGUGGCCUGUUCCGGUUUGCACGUUGAGCAAUGCAGGUCGAAUCGUCGUUUUACGCUCUGCUAAGAGCAGUGAUGGCGCACCGAAAGAUCGCAUGACGAUACGCGACAGGUUAGACGAGGGUGUCGUGGCGAGUGUCUGCACGGAUGAUCAGUUACGGGGGUUGAUAUGGGGUGAUCCCGUGGCGCACCUGAUGAAGCUGUAUGCUGGAAGAAUCGAGAUGAUGGCGGUCAAGGCUGUGACUGUGAGGGGCAAGUAG